GGGCCUGGGUGGGGCUCUGUGGUCUUAGGGUGUGGGGCCCCACCUCUCACGGGCUGUAGCUGAAGGUGUGGUCCCCUUCCCUACCUACCCCUUCCCCUGGUCAGAGCCUUCUGGAUCAGCAGAGUAGGGUCUGCCAUGUGUUCUCUGAGACGCCCUGGGCCUUCGGUUUGGGGUCUGAGCCUCAUCCUUCUGGUGGGGCCGACCCGGGCAUCCUCUGCUCCUCCAGUUCCAAAGGGAGUGUCCCUGCUCUGCUGGGCUGCUUGGGGACCAGCUGAGCAACCCCCGAGCCUACUUGACAUGACCCCCAGUCUCCCACCUUGGCUGCUGGGCCUCACUUCCGCUGCUGGGGUGCCGAGCGUGGCGCUUGAUAAGCAGUGCUGUUUCCUCUGGGGAAGGAAGGGAGGUGGGGGCCCCGGGUGCCAAGAGCUCACGCUGCUGGGGCAGCGGAGCACCAAUGGACCUCAGCCAUGGCAGGCCAGGGGAUGAGGAAGGCGGCCCUGGGUCCGGACACCCAGGAGGCCAGCUGUGGGAACAGAUCGAGCCUCCAUCCCACCACUUCUCCCCUGAGGAGCGGGCCCUGCUCUACGAGGAAGCCCUCUACACAGUCCUGCACCGCCUAGGAAAACCUGAGCCCAACCAUGUGACCGAGUCGUCUGAACUGCUGCGGUACCUGCAGGAGGCCUUCCACAUGGAGCCCCAGGAACACCAGCAGGUGCUCCAGCAGGUCCGGGAGCUUGAGAAGCCAGUAUUUUGUCUGAAGGCGACAGUGAAACAAGCCAAGGGCAUUCUGGGCAAGGAUGUCAGCGGGUUCAGUGACCCCUACUGCCUGCUGGGCAUCGAGCAGGGGGUGGGCGUGCCGGGGGGCAGCCCUGGGUCUCGGCGGCGGCAGAAGGCUGUGGUGAAGCACACCAUCCCAGAGGAGCAGACCCACCGCACUCAGGUCAUCGCCCAGACACUCAACCCUGUCUGGGACGAGACCUUCAUACUGGAGUUUGAGGACAUAAACUAUUCGAGCUUCCAUCUGGACAUGUGGGACCUGGACACUGUGGAAUCUGUCAGGCAGAAGCUCGGGGAGCUCACAGAUCUGCAUGGGCUGCGAAGGAUCUUCAAGGAAGCCCGGAAGGACAAAGGCCAAGACGACUUUCUGGGAAACGUGGUGCUGAGGCUACAGGACCUCCGCUGCCGGGAGGAUCAGUGGUACCCUCUGGAGCCUUGCACUGAGACCUACCCAGACCGCGGUCAGUGCCACCUUCAGUUCCAGUUCAUUCACAAGAGGAGAGCCACUACAGCCAGCCGCUCCAAGCCCAGCUACGUGGUACAUCUCCACUUGCUGCAGCAGCUUGUGUCCCACGAGGUCACCCAGCACCAGGCAGGCAGUACCUCCUGGGAUGGGUCACUGAGUCCCCAGGCUAACACCAUCCUGUUUCUCCAUGCCACGCAGAAGGACCUGUCCGACUUCCACCAGUCCAUGGCGCAGUGGCUGGCUUACAGUCGUGUCUACCAGAGCCUGGAGUUCCCCAGCAGCUGCCUUCUGCACCCCAUCAUCAGCAUGGAGUACCAGUGGAUCCAGGGCCGGCUCAAGGCAGAACAGCUGGAGGAGCUGGCCACCUCGUUCAGCUCCCUGCUGGCCUACGGCCUCUCCCUCAUCCGGAGGUUCCGGUCUGUCUUCCCCCUAUCCGUCUCCGACUCCCCAGCCCGGCUGCAGUCUCUCCUCAGGGUCCUGGUACAGAUGUGCAAGAUGAAGGCCUUUAGAGAACUGUGCCCUGACAGCGCCCCACUGCCACACCUGGUGACCGAAGCACUACGGAGUGGCACCGUCGAAUGGUUCCACCUGAAGCAGCAGCAGCAUCAGCCCAUGGUGCAGGGCAUGCUGGAGGUGGGCAAGGCCUUGCUGAGCCUGGUACAGGACAUCAUUGGCGACCUGCACCAGUGCCAGCGCACGUGGAACAAGAUCUUCCAUAAUGCCCUUAAGAUCAACCUCUUCUCCAUGGCUUUCCUGGAGCUGCAGUGGCUGGUGGCCAAGCGGGUGCAGGACCACACGGCGGCGGCAGUGAGCAGCCCUGUGUCCCCAGAGAUGGGCGAGAGUCUGUUCCAACUUUACAUCAGCCUCAGGGAGCUCUGCCAGCUGGGCCCGGCCCCCUCGGAGAGGGACGGAGUCCUAGCACUGGACGGCUUCCACCGUUGGUUCCAGCCGGCCAUCCCCUCCUGGUUACAGAAGACUUACAGCGUGGCCCUGGCUCGUGUGCAGCGGGCUGUACAGAUGGACAAGCUGGUGCCCUUGGGUGAACUGACCAAGCAUAGCACGUCAGCGGUGGAUCUGUCCACGUGCUUCGCCCAGAUCAGCCACACUGCCCGGCAGCUGGACUGGCCCGAUCCAGAGGAGGCUUUCAUGAUCACCGUCAAGUUCGUGGAGGACACCUGUCGGCUGGCCCUGGUGUACUGCAGCCUGAUAAAGGCCAGGGCCCGUGAGCUCUCUGCAGGCCAGAAGGACCAGGGCCAGGCAGCCAAUAUGCUGUGCGUGGUGGUGAAUGACAUGGAGCAGCUGCGGCUGGUGAUUGGCAAGCUGCCUACCCAGCUCGCGUGGGAGGCCCUGGAGCAGCGGGUCGGGGCCGUGCUGGAGCAGGGGCAGCUACAGAACACGCUGCAUGCCCAGCUGGAGGGUGCGCUGGCUGGGCUGGGCCAUGAGAUCCGCAGCGGGGUCCGUACCCUGACAGAGCAGCUGGAGGUGGGAAUCACCAAGCACAUCCAGAAUCUUGUACGUGUCAGGGACUCUGUCCUGCCUGAGGAUGCCAUUCUGCCCCUGAUGAAGUUCCUGGAGGUGGAGCUCUGCUACAUGAACACCAACUUGGUGCAGGAGAACUUCAGCAGCCUUCUGACCCUGCUCUGGACCCACACGCUCACGGUGCUGGUGGACAUGGCUACCUCCCAGCGGAGCUGCCCCCUGGCCUCUAGCAGGCUGAAGAUCGCGCUGCAGAACCUGGAGAUCUGCUUCUACGCAGAGGGCUGUGGCCUGCCGCCCGAGGCCCUACACACGGCCACCUUCCAGGCUCUGCUGAGGGACUUGGAGCUGCAGGCGGCCUCCAGCCGGGAGCUCAUCCAGAAGUACUUCUGCAGCCGCAUCCAGCAGCAGGCAGAAACCACCUCUGAGGAGCUCGGGGCUGUCACGGUCAAGGCCUCCUACAGCGCCUCCGAGCAGAAGCUGCGUGUGGAGCUGCUCAGCGCCUCCAGCCUGCUGCCUCUGGACUCCAAUGGCUCCAGUGACCCCUUUGUCCAACUCACCUUGGAGCCCAGGCACGAGUUCCCUGAGCUGGCCCCCCGGGAGACCCAAAAGCACAAGAAGGACCUUCACCCGCUGUUUGAUGAGACUUUUGAAUUCCUGGUGCCCGCCGAGUCGUGCCAGAAGGACGGGGCGUGCCUCCUGCUCACUGUGCUGGACCAUGACACGCUGGGCGCUGAUGACCUGGAAGGGGAGGCCUUCCUGCCACUGCGCUCGGUGCCAGGCCUGACUGGGACAGAGGAGCCUGGGGCGGUGCCUCAGACCCGCCUGCCCCUCACCUACCCCAUGUCCAAUGGGGACCCAAUCCUGCAGCUGUUGGAGAGCCGGAAGGGUGACCGCGAGGCCCAGGUGUUUGUGAAGCUGCGGCGGCAGCGAGCCAAGCAGGCCUCCCAGCAUGCCCCACGGCCAGGGCGAUAGCAGUGGAGGUUGGGGAUGGGGAUGAGUCCUGGUAGGACAGACUUUCCUAAGGUCUGGAUUCUCCCCACCACAGUGGAUCCCUCCAGCCUGGCCUCACACUCGAAGGGCCCUGCAGGUCUGGGGAGCACCGGCAUGCAGAAGGCCCCGAGUGCAGACCCUCUCCGGUCUCCUGCCCGAGCAGGGGCCCACGGUUAUACUAUCAGCAGUAUUUAUACUCCCUCCUCCCUCCCGCCCUGGCCUCAGCCUUCUGCCAACCCCAGCACUGGGGGAGGGGAGGCAGCUGUCUGCUUCUCCUGCUCCUGCUCUGGGAAAAGCUGCUCUGGCAGGGCAGGGUCUCAGCCAUCUGUCUCCCGGCAUGCCUAUUCCAGCCAUGGGGUGGGGACCAGGCCUAUUCUUCAGCAUCCCAGGGCUGUGUGCAGAGCCUCCCUCCCUCCUGAGGGAGAGCAGGCCCUGCCAAAGAGGAGGCUACAGCUGCCCGGGGGGUGGGGGUGGCAACCAUAAUGAAAGGAGCCUGGGUCCUCUCCUGGAGGUUGCCAACACCCAGGCUAAGGAGCCUAGUGCCAGGGACCUUCUGGCUGAUAGGUGAGAGCUGGCAGGCAGUGGGGCUGGCAUGGAGGAGCGGAAGCAGAAAGGGCAGCUUGGCUAACCGUAUCUACUGAGGACAUCUCCCUGGGCCAGUAGCAGGCACU